AUGUAUUCGUACCUGAAUGAAAGCGAUGAUUCGACUACGGUGAAUUUCAGUUCCUACGGCAAAUUUCUGCCUGGAAAAGGGAACCAGCUGCUCACUAUAGGCGCGAAACAUCUGCGAUUGUUUCGGACAAACCCAUAUACAUUAAUACCUCCUAAGGAUGCUACAGAGGAGUGGAAGCAGAAGACGAAGCUGGAAUGUGUCUACAGCUGCCGCUUUAUGGCCCCUGUCCAGUCCUUCGCGAAAGCAAAGCUCCCUGGAUACCCUGCUUCUGAGGCGCUCUUGCUCGCUUUCGAGGGCUGUAACGUGUCCGUAGUUGCAAUUGAUGCAGAAGACCGUGCACUCAGUACAAUAUCUUUGCACAGCUUCUUGUCUGAAUUCAAGCGUGACGGUUUUACUCAUCACUUCCACGAACCGAUUGUUAGGACAGAUCCGGCGAACAGAUGUGGUGCCGUUAUUGUUUAUGACAGGAUCCUUGGAAUUUUACCAUUCGAUGGUGAAUUUAUCAACAGUUUCUCGAUUCCCCUCUCUGAUAUAGACCAUCGCCUUGAGAAUAUCGUCGAUAUCAUUUUUCUCGACGGAUACUAUGAGCCCACCCUGUUGUUCCUUUACGAGCCACAUCAAACAACAGCAGGACGUGCAUCUGUUCGAUAUGACACCAUGCACUUAUUGGGAGUGUCGGUUAAUGUGUUUGAUGAACAAGUAGCCAUUGUAUGGCAAGUUGGCAGUCUUCCGAUGGAUUGUAACAGGUUGGUUGCGAUUCCUAAACCUCUAGGGGGUGUGCUUGUAAUCGGGUCAAAUGAGGUGAUUUAUCUCAAUCAGUCAGUUCCUCCUUGUGGAAUAAGUCUCAACAGCUGCUAUGACAACUUCACGAAGUUCCCCCUGAAAGAUUUAAAAAAUAUGUCCAUGACAUUGGAUGCUGGUCCUGCUGAGUGGAUCGGAAAUAAUCGAGUAGCAUUGGGAACUAUGGAUGGGAGACUAUUUGUUCUGAAAUUGGUGACAGAUUCGUCCGAAACUGUCAGAUCGUUAACAUUAGACCACGUUUUUGAUACCUCAAUUGCUUAUUGUAUGACUUUAUGCGCCUCUGGACGGCUUUUUAUUGGCUCGAGACUCGGAGAUUCACAACUUCUAGAGUUUUCCAUAGAAAAAGAGGAGUCGGAGAUAUCUCAGGAGGCCAAAAGGCCCAAAGUGGAGCAGAACUUAACUGCAGAUGACGAAGAUAUUGAAUUGUACGGGGAACAAAUCAUUGAACAGGUGGCCACACUAGCAUCGGAUGUGAAAGAGAAAAUGGUGUUUCGAGAACUGGACAAACUAGUCAAUAUAGGACCAAUAAGGGCGAUGACGGCAGGCGGUGCUCAUGGAAUCGGUCCUAUUCUCCAGGAACAAGAUCGAACCGAUCCGAUCUUCGAUGUUAUAACAGCAUCAGGAAAUAUGGUGAAUGGAUCCAUUUGUGUUCUUCAAAGGACAGUGCGACCAGACGUCAUAACGAGUAGUUUCUUACAAGAUGCUCAACAGCUCUGGGCUGUCGGACGACGAGAGGACGAUUCACAUAAGUAUCUAAUUGUUUCUCGAACGCGCUCUUCGCUUAUCCUUGAAUUGGGAGAAGACAUGGUUGAAUUAGAGGAACCACUGUUUCUUUCUGAUGAGCCGACAGUGGCAGCAGGAGAGCUUGCUGAUGGCGGGCUUGCCGUUCAGGUAACCUCUCUUCGCGUCGCUUUGGUUGCAGAAGAGCAGCAGCUGCAGCAAAUAGAUCUUGACUCGAAUUUCCCUGUUGUAGCAGCUUCCAUCGUCGAUCCUUAUGUCGCCCUUCUCACUCAGAAUGGUCGUCUAAUGCUCUAUCAACUGGUACUAUUCCCCAACGUACACCUUCAGGAAAUCGACCUGAGUGGCAGUGCUUUUGCUGAGAAAACCGUUCAUCAUCGAGCUCCAUUGACUGCGCUAUCCAUAUACAGAGAUAUGAGCGGCCUCAUGAUCUUUUCAGAUAGCGCCGACGAUUUUUACGAAAGAAGGACAACUAAACCUAAGAAGGUAUUCGGAGAGUGGUCUAUUUUGAUAACUGUCUCAGUUUCUUUGUUACAGAAAGCGGUUUCUCGUCGUGGCACAGCGGACUCUAUCGACAUUGAUCUGUACGGUGAGGAAAUCGUCCCGCAAAUGCCGAGUACGGCGAUUGACGAGGACGAGCUUCUUUAUGGCGAUUCAGGAUCUACCAAGAAAGGUUGCCGUUCAACCUUGGCAUCUUCCAUUUCUUUUAAUAUUAUACCUUCCCUUGCAGAUGAGGGUUUGCGUAAAAGAAAGAGAAUGGCUGAAAUUACUAGUGUGACAACAGGCGGAGAAGAAUCCGAUGCUAUUGAUCCGAAUACCGUGGAACCAACAUAUUGGCUAAUUUUGGCUCGCGACAGUGGGAAAGUUGUAAUUCACUCUCUUCCGGACAUGAGAGUAGUUUAUCAAUUCUUGAAAUUCGGUCUUAUGCCGGAACUUGUUACGGAUUUGAUGCCAGAUGAGGAAGAGAAAGAUCGCAAGGAACAGGGUAUGGGUAUAAACCAAGGACACCCAACACUAUUGGCUGUAAUCGACGAUCAGGUCAUCACAUACGAGUUGUACAAAUGGAGGAAUCCUUUAAUAGAACACCUCGCGAUUGGUUUUCGUCGCUUGCCGUUGACAGUGACUAUAAGAUCUGCCCCCUUCAUGGGGCAUGAUGGAAGAAGAGCUGAGAUGCAUGGAGUGGUUCUGACUGGCGCAUUUCCGUGCUUAGUCUUGGUUGGAGCUUGGGGCGGCUUGCAGUGUCAUCCGAUGACAAUUGAUGGUCCAAUAUCAGCAUUUACCGCAUUUAAUAAUCAAAACGUACCGAAUGGGUUUUUAUACAUUGCAAGAAACCUGCAAGAGUUACGUAUCGCUCGAUUGCAGGGGGAAGUCGACUAUGAGUUGCCUUUUCCGUCCAGGAAAGUACCAAUAGGUGCGACCGUCCACCAUGUUCGCUACAUUAUGAAUAGUCAGGUAUACGUCGUGACAACUUCUGUACCUAUGAAGAGUAACAAAAUAUGGGUUGUGGUAAACGACGACAAACAAGUUGAAACACAUGAGAAAAACGCCAACUUUGUUCUCCCGUCCAUCCCGCAGUACACACUCAACUUGUAUUCUGCCAUGGAUUGGAAGCCAGUACCAAAUACAGAUAUAAAGUUCGAAGAGAUGGAGGUGGUUACAGCAUGCGAGGAGGUCACACUACGAUCUGAAUCCACAAUAAGUGGAAUGCAAGCUUAUCUCGCCGUUGGUACCAUCAACAAUUAUGGCGAAGAGGUUCUUGUUCGAGGUCGAAUCAUACUCGCAGAAAUUAUAGAUGUUGUGCCGGAACCAGGAAAACCUACUUCCAAACAUAAAAUAAAAGUGUUUAUUUGGGGAUUCCGCGAUAACGACUUGCAAGGAAUCUCUUUUCUCGACAUGCAUUACUAUGUGCAUUCACUGGUAUCAAUUCGAAAUCUCGCUAUCGCAUGCGAUAUGCACGAUUCGAUGUCGCUUAUUCGAUUCCAGGAGCAAUUCAAAGCGCUUUCAGUUGCGUCGAGAGAUGAUCGACCGGAUGUACCGUCACCUAUGGCAGCACAGUUUUUGGUAGAUAACAAUCAUUUGGCGUUCUUAAUGUCCGACGAAGCUGGUAAUAUCAGCAUGUUCAACUAUAUGCCAGAAACACAAGAGUCAAAUGGUGGAGAGCGACUCAUUCUGCGUGGUGUUCUAAAUAUUGGCACGAAUGUGAACUCAUGGCUUCGAAUCAGGGGUCACUCAUCAUUAUUCAAUGUGACGCCCGUAGAGGCAAAGCACAUAAUGCAGCAGCAAACUUGUUUGUGGGCUUCGCUUGAUGGUUCCUUAGGAAUUGUCCGUCCAAUCUCAGAAAGGCAAUUCAGGCGACUACACUUCCUCCAUCAGUGCAUGUCGAAUUCCGUCGGACAGUAUGCAGGCUUGAAUCCUAAGGGAGCUCGAGGAGGUAAACCAGUUCGACCGCUGAUCAAUGCUACCAAUAAUAAGAAUAUGGUGGAUGGAGAGUUGGUAGAGCAGUUCAUGCAUCUCUCAACAACUCGGAAACAAGAUUUAGCACGAAGUCUUGGGGCGAGCAGAUACCAUAUAAUGGACGACUUAGUUCAAAUACAACGGUUAUCUACAUUUUAUUAA